AUGAAGGAGCAAAGCUAGACGGUGGAAGCCAUCGAAAUCGACUGCUACAACAGCCUGGCAGCCUGCCUGCUCCAGGCUGAGCUGGUAAACUAUGAGCGAGUCAAGGAGUAUUGCCUCAAAGUCCUGAAGAAGGAAGGAGAGAACUUCAAGGCCCUUUACCGGUCUGGUGUGGCCUUCUACCACCUUGGAGACUAUGACAAAGCACUCUACUACCUGAAAGAAGCAAGGACCCGACAGCCAACAGACACCAACGUGAUUCGGUACAUCCAGCUGACGGAGAUGAAACUCAGCAGAUGCUCCCAGAGAGAGAAAGAAGCCAUGUAACCAGGAAGCCUCCCAGAGCUGCACCUGCGCCUGCCCGGGGACUUCCAGGCACCCAUGGUGGAAAGCCCCUUCCUGGGAUCUGUCUCUUCCUCCCCACUUUUGGCUCCUCCUUCUUCCUCCUAUUGUUCCCCAAGCCUUUGUCUUUUCCCAGUGUGAAAAUAAGGACAGAUGUAAAUUUGGAAUCUGGUUGGUUGCUCAGACCAUGGAGACAUCGUGCUCUCUAGAGGUCUGCAGCUGAGAGGGGCCUGUCUUCUGCCAAGACAGCUGGAGAGGAGUCUCCUGGACUGGGACUGCCAGGGAAGUUCUGACUGACCACUGCGUCCGACAGAGGCAGAGCCUGCCAGGUGCGCCAUCCUACAGGCAGCCGGCAUGAAGCCCACAGUCUGGACCCUUCCACACUUUCCUGGCAAACUAGAGCAUCUCGAGGCAACCAUAGCAAGUCCAGGGAUGAGACAAACACCAGAAGUGUUGCUUCAGCCAGCACAGAGACAUGAAUUUGUACACUGGACUUCUGUACUCCCCAGCUGUCUCAGCUCCGGCAUCCCUCCCUCAUUUUUUUGUCUUGGCUUGUGCUUUCUUCUCUCCCCUUUGGGGAUCUGAGACUCUGCCAGGAUUCACAUGCCACUGAACCCCACUCUCAGUGCCCUCUGGUGACCAUACAUACCAUUCCCCCAUACUCCCACCCAGCAGGCAGCUGUGACAGCAGAAGGACAGGGCUAAAUAGGCCAAGGGUUGGGGCAGGCCAGACCAUGUAGGUGACUUAGGAGGGAGAGACGAUGCCUAGGGGGGAUCGAGCACUGUAUAGGCUGGCAGAUUGAACUGUGGACUAAUUCAGUGUAAAUAAAAAUAAAUUAACAGGCAGCAGUUCCUGUCCUUUCUGUUGGAAGCAGUCCACUCCCUCACUUGUGUUCCUUCCCCCACCGCUCAGUCAGAGCUACUUGUAGCCAGGCAGGAUGGGGCUGCCCCUAGAGCAACUGGCCAUUUGUCCGGGGUUUACAAUGUUGGCUGCAGCCUGCGUGCUUUCAAGAGUGGGCUGGGAUUGUGGAGACUGCCCCAGGGCUUGGCUUUGUGGGAACUCGUGUAGCUACUUUUUGAUGAAAUUAUCCAAACUCAAUAUCUAGUACGUAGAAUGUGUUCCACAAAUAUUUGUUGAAUGAAUAAGUUAUGACUGGCUCUCCUGCCUUAAACUAAUUUUAUCCCAGCCAAGUCUCCUGAUAUCUCUGUUCUUUAAGCUAUGCCAUGUUGCUUCAGUCAAACUAGAAGCAUUUGCUGAGGGCUUAUCGUUUGCCCAUCAUUGUGCAAUAUAUUGUGGGACAUAGUAUAGAAUCUGUUUUCAAAGAGAUGGAAGAGUCGAGAACUAUACAUAGAGAUUACUACCAAUGACACCUUUAAUUUAUAUGAUGCUUUAAAUUUUUCAAAGCACUUUCAUGUAUUUUUCGUGUGAUUAGUGAAAGAAACAAUAUUGUACAAAAUUAAAAUAUAUACAGAUGCAAUAAUGUUAAUAGUUAGGAUUUAUUAAAUGCACUAUCUUCAGAUUUUUACAUGUAUAAUCUCAUUUCUUUCAUGCGAUUACUUUGUGAGACGCUAUUCCCAUUUGAUGGACUAGAAAACUGAAAGCCGAACAAUGAACUAUCCCAAGGUUGCCUGGGCCUUGUGUGGCAUAGCUAGGAUUUGAACCAGGUCUGUCUGACUCCGGAGCGCUAGCUAGUAACUAUCCUAUAUUUAAUAGCCUCUCUGUAAAUAUUCUACUGGGCAGUUACAACCAUUCAAGAGUAAGACGAUGUAUAUUAAGUUGAAAAGCUUUCACCAUGUCAAUGGUGGUACAAGCAUCUCUGCUUGUAUUCACUCAAGGCAAAAACAGACCAGAGACCAGAAUUUCCAGUGGUCUGAGCAAUGUUGGGCCAGGAAAAGACAGCUGAGACCCAGCAGUUAUUUGUGUGUGUUGCUCAUGCUACUUGCUGAUGUGGCCAGCAUGUGUUUGAACAACCUACCUAACAUUCCUCACCCAUCCCCAGCACUGGGGAAUAGUCACAAUUAUAGGUAGAGACCGAAAGGAAACACACAGCUAAUUAUGGGUUAUUUAUUUAAGCAGCUUCUACCACUGUGGGAUCCAGUCACAGCUGAGGGGCCCAGAAACCAGCAGCACAGGUUGAAUUCACAUAGCUGCCCAAAGGCUUUCAACAGGGGCUGCAGGAAGGUGCUAGAAAUAUUCAGGGGUCCAUAGUUACUUAUCUAUAUCUCACCCUCUGGAGAAGAGGAAAAGGAAAAAGUUGUUCUAACUACCAUAUUCUCCCCUAUCCCUACCAUAGUCUUUUCUCUGCCCUCUUUCUCCAAAAUGACUUCACAUGACCCCAAAUACCAAGCUACCCUAAAGACCUAGAAUAGAGAUAAGUACAAAACUUCCCCAUUCUCUAGUUCCCAAACCAGAAAGUUCAUGAGUUGGCAAGCUAUUAGGAUCUGAAGGAUAAAGAUGAGAUCAGAGGAGGCCUUCACAUCGGCAAGAUAGUUCAAAUUGGCAAGAUCUACUUUGGUCUUCAAACAUCAGGAAGGAUUCAGAGUAAUUGUUCCCAGCACAGAGGCAGGAGCAAGGGCUUACUUAAAUGAGAGCAUUGGGGCAGAGUUGAAUGAAUGGGAGUUACCAUCCCAAGGAGCAAGGUUGAAAACUGGAACUAGGUGAGGACAACCUCUCUGAACCUCAUAAAAACAUUGUGCAGGCCAUCUGCUUAUCUGGAGAGUUAGGUACUCACGCUUCUUGGUACUCUAUUUCACUGUGACCUGUACUUAAGUGAUCCCAAAGAAAAAAGUUGCCUAGGGUAUUGGUUGAUGUUUGAGGUAGUUUUGAUUGAUGUUUGGGAUAAUAGAGCUGAAUUUUCUGUGCAUUUAUCCAACAGAGACUUCAGAGAGCUUUUGACAAAAUCAGGUCUGUUUUUCUUACCAAAUCUUCAGCUUCCUCUCCCCUCCCCUCCCAAAAGUAGGGCCUGUGAUUUAAUUACAUACUUUGUAGAUGUCACUGCUAAGCUAUAUAGACAGAGCACCCAUUAUGGGUGAUCUGCAUUGUCAUCUCCUACCUGGACAUUUGUGAUAAACUCUUUGGGGAAAAAACUUAUACUUGGUGUUGAAUUAUUAUGAAAGCCUCACAUGUAUUGUAGAAAUUUUAAGAAAAGCAAAUUUAGAACAAAGAACAAAAUCCAACCCAUAGAACUACCACCUAGACAAACAUUCUAUUCUUUUGGAUAUAUCUUUUAGUUUUCUUUGGUUUUUAAAUGUAUUCACAUACAUGCACAGUUGUGGAUUUUUUUAAACAAAAACUAGAUCACACUGUAUGUACUCUUUAACAAUUUACUUUUUAAAAUGUGUAUUUCUACCUUAGAAUAUGUGAUACAUACACAGAUACAAAAUUCAAAAAGUACAAAAAGUUCUAUGGUCAGCAGUAAAUCUCGUUCCAGCCCUGUCUAUUAACAUCUAGUUUCUCUCUAAUUUCCUAUAUCACUUUCUGGACAAU